AUGACAACUCAUCACACUCAGAGCAUCUUAUUCAUCCUUUCAUUCAUCACACUUGUCUUUGUCAUCAAUAUUUCGUCCAACAAAACUAGACUUUGUAUUGUCAAACUUGAUGAUGACAACUACCCCGAAUGGAAGGGCAAUAUCAUUGGAGCCCUCAUGUUGGCAACUCUAGACGAGUUCAUGGAUUCCGAGGCAACUCCCGUCACAGCUCCAACUGAGUUACCCGUCCCUCUUGAACAAAAAGUUCUUUGUGAGGCUUACGUGAUACGCCAACACAAAGCGGCAGGUAUCAUUAAAUUCCAAGCCACAACUUCCGGUAGCAAAGGUAGAGCAUACUCUUCCUUCACACAAAUCACCUAUCAAUCACUUGUUCUGUACAUCAAAGAUACUCAAGCAGCUCUGGAAACAAUGCAUGCAUGUGGAAUCAAAUUCAGCUACGAUCCAAACAAAAUCAUCUCAGAAACCAUUGUUGGUAAACUUCCCAACUCCAUGGAGACUAUGAUUUCCAUUCUGGACUCCAAGCGCCCACUGAAAACUAAAAUAGUGUUGGAUACUCUUGACUCUUAUCUUGUCAAGUAUAAGGAACACCAUUGUAACAACAAUAACUCCAUUGCGCUUGCAACACUUUCCAAUCAACCACCUGCUUGGCAAUCUGGAAGACGUUUUCCUUACCCUACGUGCACAAAUGGUGUUCAUAAUCCUGCUGUUAGAGGUCACAAGCCCGAAGUUUUGGGUAGCACUUCCUCAUCUUUGUCCCGCCAAUGUACCUUCUUGUAA